CCUCGCGCCACGGAGCAUGGGUCCUGUCGUCUUCAUCGAUUUCAGUCUAGCAACAUGACUUCAGCCACAGUGAAUGGAUCUAUCAACGAGUCGACGAGCCCCGGCGCUCCUGAUCUGGCGCAUGCCAAGUGGCUCAAUGCCAGACUGGCCUUGAACGUCGCAAUCGUCGGUAUGGCGUUUGCACUCUUCGCGUAUGACAACAGUUUUACGUCGCCCCUUGUAUCACUUCCACUCUUGGUUCUCAAGUAUCAAGGUGGAGCAGGCCCUAUCUUCACGGCCGAUAAUCUCGAUCUCCUCGUGUGUGUGCCUUUGAUCGGUGCGGCAUUGGGUGUGGUUGCUGGUACGCCGAUGCAGCAACGCAUCGGGCGUAAAAAGUCCCUCCUGGCAGCGUACUUUCUUCUCUGCAUCCCAGGAAGUAUCCUGCAGCUCUUUUCACCGAACAUGGCAGCACUGGUAGUUGGAAGGCUCUGGAACAACUCUGGUAUCGGGAUCCUGACGACUGUGGGACCCCUUUACAUGGCAGACCUGGUACCACCUAGAGUCCGUGGCAGGGCUGUUGGACUUGCGGUCUGCAUCAGCCAGGGAGUGUCCAUCCUCGCCGUUACGACGGUCUGGGGGACCUCUACCCUCCUUGAUUCUCGCUCGUACAAGAUCCCUCUGGCCCUUCAAGCUGCCCUGGCCGUUGCAUUCGGUUGUCUCACCCUCCUCGCUACGGAGAGUCCCCUGUGGCUGCUCUCAAAGGGCCGACAGGAAGAGGCGAAGAAGACUCUGACUUCACUACGACCUGUCUCCCCAGAUCAGCACGCACUGGUCCAACAAGAACUGGCGGACAUGGCACAGAGCUUGGCAGAGACUCAACAGAGACAACAAGACGUCCGUUUCUGGGAGAUUCUCAACCGAACCAACAUCAGAAGAACACUGACGGCCAGUUACAUGAUUGCUGCCAGUCAAGUUGGUGGCCAGAUUCUUGUCCUCGCCUAUGCCACCGUCAUCUUGACUCAGAGUGGCGUCGCCGAUCCUUUCAAGAUCACGAUUCUGAUCUUUACCGUCCAAUUUGCUGGAAUCCUCGUUGGUCCCACGUUGGUGGACAAACUCGGCCGACGCCCGACAGCCUUAUUCGGGUUCACACUUCUCAUGAUACUCGACUUUGCCAUCGCCGGACUCGCCACCGAUCUCGCCAGUGCAUCUGCUCGUAGCGCGUUGGCAGCACUCUGUAUUGUUUUCGGAUUCGUUAACUCAAUGUCGUUCUCAUCCUUGGCAUUCCUGCUUCCCACUGAGAUCCCCACCGCCCGCCUGCGUGAAGCCACGCUCUCUUGGACAUUGUUCUGGUCCUAUGUCACCGCAAUUGUCACCACAUUUGCCGUGCCUCAACUCGCCUCUGGACCUCCAAUGCUGGGCGCAAAGACUGAUUUCAUCUUCGGCGGCUGCAUGGCAAUCACCCUGGUUGUCACAUACUUGUACCUUCCCGAGACCAAGGGACGAUCCAUGUCCGAGAUUGAUGAGAUGUACAGUAUCAACCUGCCAGCGUCAAAGUGGCGCAAUCAUCAAUGCGAAUGCGAGUCCCGACACAUGGGAGAGGGUAGCGGAGAGAAGGGCACAGGGGAGGGUCUCCAGGUCGAGGAAGUGUCGCGAUGAAUCGAGGGUCUGCUGGUAGGAUGUGGGGUCCAU